CGUCGGGGACAUCGAUUGAAUUCGAGUGAGCAGUGUUGACGUACGAACAGAUCGAGCUCCAGUCUGUCUCUGGGACAAAGUGUGUGUCUGUGUGUGUGUGUGUGUCGGAGCCUCAGGACACUCAGGACACUUGGGACACUCGCUGUGGUCGUUAGCUGCCGACAUGACGGAGGUGAGGCACCGAGGAGCCAGAGACACCGAGCCGCCACAGCAGCAGCCCUCAGAGGACAAGGGUUCAGACAGUGAGCUGAAGGGGGAAAAAGAUGUGGCGUCCGACACUGAGACCAAGGUGGCCUCGGGGGUGCCAGUUCCUGCUGAUGACACCCCAGAGGUUCUAAACAAGGCCCUCUCUGGACUCUCCUCCAGAUGGAAGAACUGGUGGGUACGAGGCAUCCUCACACUGGCCAUGAUCUCCUUUUUUUUCCUCAUCAUCUACCUGGGCCCCAUGGUGCUUAUGAUGAUUGUCCUCUGCGUUCAGAUCAAGUGCUUCCAUGAAAUCAUUACCAUCGGCUACAGUGUCUACCACUCGUACCACCUGCCCUGGUUCAGGACGUUGAGCUGGUACUUCCUGCUGUGUGUAAACUACUUCUUCUAUGGUGAGACCGUGACAGAUUACUUCUUCUCACUGGUGCAAAGGGAGGAGCCACUUCGCAUCCUCAGCAAAUACCACCGCUUCAUCUCGUUCGCCCUCUACCUCACAGGUUUCUGCAUGUUUGUGCUGAGUUUGGUGAAGAAACACUACCGCCUUCAGUUCUACAUGUUUGGUUGGACCCAUGUGACUCUGCUGAUUGUGGUGACUCAGUCUCACCUUAUCAUUCACAACCUGUUUGAGGGGAUGAUCUGGUUCAUUGUUCCAAUUUCCUGUGUGAUCUGCAACGACAUUAUGGCAUACAUGUUUGGUUUCUUCUUUGGCCGCACACCGCUCAUCAAGCUGUCCCCUAAGAAGACGUGGGAGGGAUUUAUUGGAGGACUCUUCGCCACCAUUGUGUUUGGUAUCAUGUUCUCCUACGUGAUGGCUGGCUACCGCUACUUUGUGUGUCCAGUGGAGUUCAACAACGACUCCAACAGAUUCCAGGUGGACUGUGAACCAUCUGACCUGUUCCAGCUGCAGGACUAUAUCCUGCCAGCCAUCCUGCAGUCUUUCACUGGAUGGACCACCGUGCGCCUCUACCCAUUCCAGAUCCACAGCAUUGCGCUCUCUUCAUUUGCCUCCAUCAUGGGACCCUUCGGUGGCUUCUUUGCCAGCGGCUUCAAGAGGGCCUUCAAGAUCAAGGAUUUUGCCAACACUAUCCCGGGACAUGGAGGCAUUAUGGACAGAUUCGACUGCCAGUACCUCAUGGCCACAUUUGUUAACGUCUACAUCGCCAGCUUCAUCAGGGGCCCCAACCCCAGCAAGGUGAUCCAGCAGCUCCUGGCCCUCCGUCCAGAUCAGCAGCUCUCCAUAUUCAACUCCCUGAAGGCUCACCUGACGGAGAAGGGCCUGCUGGCUCUGGGGGGGGCCGCCGCCUAGAUCCGACUGCAACCACAGUGGCUCAGGACCUGUGGGUGGUGCACAGCCCUGGAGAUCUGGGAGAUUCGCAGUGCUUUGAGUGAGCGAGAACACGACAAAGAAGAGAAAAAACCAACGAAGAAAACCCGAAAAAAAAAACACAGCCGUGGUUCAUUCCAUUUCAUUGACAUAUGAGGGUCAUGUGUUUGUGUUCAUAUAGUGUGUGAACCAUGUUUGUUACACCAGUGUUCUCAUGUUGCGUUAGUGAAUUACUGUACUGUUACAAUUUCCAUUAUUACCAACUUGUAUCUACUCAACCUGUUGAAGAAAACGUUGGUCAGCUGUACCUUUCUACCCGUAGUCAGGACAUCCUCUAUAUACCUAUUACUGUGUUCAUAUUUCAUUGUUCAUUUCUUUAUUUACAUGCACUGCUCGCAACCCUGUUACUCACUGUAUGGUUCCUCCACCUGCCCUCCCUAGAUUUUCAAUUUUCGGUUUCAUUAUUGUGAUUGUUUCUAUUUAUAAAUAGAUGUUUUUUUAUAUUUGCUAUGUUCUAUUAUAUCUUAAAGGUUGUGUCUGUGUCGGCUUUAUUCAGACUUUUGCCAUUUUUUCAUGUGCAUCUAUGUGUGUAUGUGUCUUUUGUGUGUGUUUGCUGCCAUUCAACAUUUCAAAGCCUUUUGUGCUCAGUCAAUUCAUUUCAAUCAUAUUCUCCUUUGUUAUCCACGGAUGUUACUCUGAAGUAUUUGAUUGAAUCCGACGAACAGAGUCCAGUGUGUUGAUUCCCAUCUGUUGGUGCUUUUGUUCAUAUAUUGGCACUUAAGCAGAGCUCAAUCUGCAAAAUGCUAUUUUAAUAUGAAUGAAGCCCAGACACAGUUCAUCCUCACCUGGUUGCCAUUUCAUGUUACCUUUAAUUUUGUGUUUUUAUUGACAGCAUUCAGUGUUUCUACAUAUUUUUUCAAAUCUGAAAUAAGGGUUCUGGUAUUUUCAUGAGGUGGUGGGAUUGUUUAUUAAGGCCUCUAUUUGGGAUGUUGUUUAGUGGUAGCCCUGUCACUGGUCUUCUCCACCUAUUAGAGUCAGUUAUGUAUCUGAUGUUUAAAUUGGAGUUAAGAGCCACACACCCCAACCAACCGGUGUUCGUUCCCUGAGGUUCUGAAGCAGGAGAUAUUGAUCACUGGCCAAUAUUUCUCAGAUUUAGAAUAUAAACGCUUCUGUACAGUUGGGUUAAUUUUUGUUUUUGAGAUUUCUAAUUUAACUGUCAAGGGGCACUGCACUGAUUCUUGAACAUAAACUACUACUCAAACUGCCAAAACAGUCGUAUAUCUUGACCUUCUGACUGUUGAGUAACUUUCUUUUUAAGUCUGGGAAAUGAACCCUGAUGCUGUCAUGUUGAUGGCGUUCCAGGUUAUCUCCCUCUGAGCUCGGGGAACAAUCUUACCUGACAGACUUUUAAACAACCUGGACUGUGGGAUUUCUAAACAGUGGUAAUUCAAGAGCAGGGUCAAAUGAUAAAAGGCUAUUAAGUUGGAUUGUGGGAAGUCUCUGCUGCAUCAAUUUCUGGAAUGUCUUGAGUUCACUCUUUCCUUCAUCCUUUCAUUGAAAAUAUGCCCUUUUUUUUACGUUAAAACUUUGAAACUCAAACAGAGUGAGUUAUUAAAAGAAUGACAUUGUGCAAAUGUAUUCAGCUUAAAUACUCCAGUAUUAAAAAAAUGUUCAAUAGAUCCCAGAAGCCUCGAUUGUUAAUCUAGAUGAUGUCAAGUUUAUCUGCAAAAUGGGGCUCAGACAAUGUAGAUAAGUGCAAACUUAAGAUUUCACUAAGAUAUCAGCCAGUCACCUCUUCACGUCUGUUCACAGCCAUUAUUUAGUUUUGGACAUUAGGUGUUCAUGUGUUUCUCCUUGUCAGUGAAGUGAAAUAGAGCAGUUUGUUUUCAGUGUUAAAGGACUGAACAGUAAUACGAGCCAGGUGAAGCUCAGUAUCUCCAUGUCUCAUAAUCAUAUAAAAAACAUGCCAUCAGAGCCACUGUAUGAAGCAAACACGCUGUACAUGUUCUUUUUUUGCAUUUGAAUGUCUCUCCAUAUUUCUAUCGAUUGAUUGAUUGUCAUUCCAUUCAUGUCUGUGGUUUGACGUGUGUGAUAUCCAGCCACGCAGUCUUUAACUUGACUUUACUCAACAUAUUUAUUUUAUUGACUGUAAGCACACCACACCUUUUCAAAGUGACUAUAUUGUACAUUGAAGAUGUUUAGAGACAUGUUGGUGUGUUCUUUAGUAUUUUUGGUUAGAGGAUAAUUUAAGUAUUAUUAUUAUUAUUGCCAUAUAAGAAAGAGCAUUGAGAUUCUAGAAACGUAUUUUCUCUCUGUCUUUUCUUGCUGUGACUUUAGUGCACUUGGGUGUUUUCUCUGCUCAUCCCCUGGUAGCUGUUGUGUGAAUCAGCUUCUGAAGCAUUGUGGAUAGUCGUACCCUCUCCCGCUCUGAGUAGACAGGAAGUUUCCUGAGAGAGGGUGUGAGAACUUCGUAGAUCGCUCACAUUUCUCUCUCUGUGGUGGUUCGAGGUGUUUUUCGGCCCCCACGGCUCUGUACUGCCAUUUCUCUCUGUGUGGUGUUGUAGAAGGCCACUAGAGAGAGCUGGAGCUCCUGUGGCCGGCCACCCACUGUAACACACCGACGCUGCAUCUGAGCAGAAAGGUGUGACCCUUGUUACUGCCGUUUGAUACAUUCCAGCACCCCUGAAGUUGAGAGGAGGCGGACCAGGAGGGAUCAGUGAUGUGUUUUUUUCUUGGCACUCAGGAAACCUCCUCCGUGCCAUAUCUAAUCAAGUCGGUUUAUUGUGAAUCCUGCCCUGCCAGGACCCUUCUGAAAGGAAUGUAUGGGAGUGAUGAGUGUCCAACACUGUGUAGGCUCCCACCCUCCCACCCCCCCUGUAGACAACUAUUUUUGUGUUUAUAGAUUCUCUUUAAAAAAAACUAUAUGAGUUCAGUAUAUUACUCUUAAACUGUGCAAUGGUUUGUGUUAAGUUCGUUUGUCGAGUGCAUAAUGCUGAAAUGUGCUUUGCUUUGGUUCAGAGAAUAUUAAAGUUAUAUAUACCCAAAA